GUUUAAUCGAUCGACUAUGGUUCAAACUCGAGGAGUCGAUCGAUUGUGUCACAUCCCUAACGCAAAGUACAUUUUGCUCGGGGACUGUCGAAAUUCGUGAAAUAAAUUGUAAAUUACUUUUACAAAAUGCUAUCACGCAUUGCUUUGCGUUCAGCGGCCAGCCAGUCCACGGCACUCAUCGCCGCCCGAGGCUCCGCAUCAGCUGCCUCCGGCGUGCGUGAUGAACAGAACUUCCCCAGGCCUGUGCGUGGAGAGCCCGGCAAAGUCAGGCUUGGCUUCCUCCCUGAAGAAUGGUUCACUUUCUUCCACUCCAAGACUGGAGUGACUGGCCCCUACACGUUCGGUGUAGGUCUGGCCACCUACCUCUGCAGCAAGGAGAUCUACGUCAUGGAACACGAGUACUACACCGGUUUGUCUCUGCUUGUCAUGGUGGUGGUCGCUGCCAAGAAGUUCGGACCUAGCCUAGCUGCCUGGCUGGAUAAGGAAGUCGAAACCAUUGAAAACGACUGGAACCAAGGCCGUACGGACACAAUCAAGUCUCUGGAAGAGGCUGUGGAGAACGAGAAGACUGCUCAAUGGCGCGCUCAGGGCCAGGAGCUGCUCAUCCAAGCUAAGAAGGAGAAUGUGCUGCUGCAGCUUGAAGCUGCUUACAGGGAGAGGCUCAUGAACACUUACAAUGAGGUCAAGCGCCGCCUAGACUACCAGCUGGAGAAGUCCAACGUGGAACGUCGCCUCGCCCAGAAACAGAUGGUCGACUGGAUAGUGACCAACGUGACCAAGGCCAUCACCCCCGACCAAGAGAAGCAGACCCUGGACCGCUGCAUCGCCGACCUCGCUGCCUUGGCCGCCAGGAAGUGAACAUCAUGUAGAAUAUUUAUGUAUUUGUAAUAUAAUGUGAUUAAAGUAAUAAAUCAUCGUUCGAGUUAG